AUUGCGUUACAAUUGGAGGGCAUUUGGCCUCAAUACACAGCUCCAAAGAACAAGCAUUCAUAGAGAAUUCUCUCGACAUCCAUACAUCAAUUUGGAUCGGAGGAUCAGAUGUCACUCAGUAUAUAAAGGAAGAGGGAUGCCCUGGACUCUCACGGGACGGCUCCCAGACCGACGUGGACAUGAAAACUUUAAUUCUGUUGGCUUUGCUCGGAGUGGCAUGGGCCUCCGAGGAUGAGAAGAUCGUUGGUGGCUACGAGUGCUCUCGGCACUCUGUGCCCUACCAGGCUUCCCUGAGUGACGGAUACUUCCACUUCUGUGGUGGAUCCCUCAUCUCCAGCCAGUGGGUUGUGUCUGCUGCUCACUGCUACAAGUCCCGCAUCCUGGUGCGUCUGGGCGAGCACAGCUUCCAGGCCAACGAGGGCACCGAGCAGCACAUCUACUCGUCCAAGGUCAUCAAGCACCCCAACUACAACAACGCCAACCUGGACAACGACAUCAUGCUGAUCAAGCUGAGCCAGCCCGCACGCCUCAACAGCUACGUGCAGACCGUCUCCCUGCCCAGCCGCUGCCCCGUGGCCGACGAGCCCUGCAUGGUCUCCGGAUGGGGCAACACUGUCACCGGGGGCGGAACCGUCAUGCCUGACCGCAUGCAGUGCCUGAAUCAGCCCAUGAUCGACGACCGCAUCUGCAAGAACGCCUACCCUCACCUGAUGACCGAGAACAUGCUCUGCUCUGGCUUCAUGCACGGAGGAGCCAGCAGCUGCCAGGGUGACUCCGGUGGCCCCCUGGUGUGCGGUGGCCAGCUGCAGGGUGUGGUGUCCUGGGGCUACGAGUGUGCCAUGAAGGGUCACCCCAGUGUCUACGCCCGCGUCUGCCGCUACAACAGCUGGAUCCAGAACGUCAUGAACAGCAACUAAGCACAUGCCUACUACCACACACCUGACAAAGACCAGUUGAGGUCGAAACGUGUUAAUAAAUCAGUGAGCAGCA